AGGAGGUUAAACACCGGAGUGUAAACACAAAGAGUGAAGCUGGUAAAAGGAGCCUCCUGAACACGUUGCACUACCUGUUUGAAUCUCAGAAUCGUGGACUGGCUCAGGCCGCACUGGGAUCUGUGGAAACACUUUAAUUCAGUGGAAUGACACUGACCCCGAUUGACUGCGCGGUCCUGUCUCAUGUCAUCGGACUCUGUGAUACAAUAAAACACCUCGACCUGGGGAACUGCCACAUUCAGUGUGAAGGAAUCCAGCGGCUGGGACCCGGGCUGCACAAGUGCCAGGAGUUGAGACUUGGGGAGAAUGAACUCGGAGAUUCGGGAGUGAAAUUGGUGUCUGUGGCUCUGAGGAACCCGGAGUGUAAAAUACAGAUACUGUGGCUGUGGGAUGUCGGCCUCACAGAUUCUGGCGUCGAGGAUUUCGCCUCCGCUCUCAGUACAAACCCAUCACUGACGGAGCUGGACAUGAGUGAGAAUAAACUGGGAGAUUCAGGAGUGAAACUGGUGUCUGCAGCUCUGAGGAACCCGGAGUGUAAAAUACAGAGACUGUGGCUGAUCGAUGUCGGUCUCUCAGAUUCUGGCGUCGAGGAUCUAGCCUCCGCUCUGAGUACGAACACAUCACUGAUGGAGCUGGACAUGAGUGAGAAUGAACUGGGAGAUGCAGGAGUGAAAAUUGUGUCUGCGGCUCUGAGGAACCCGGAGUGUAAAAUACAGAAACUGCGGCUGACCCGUGUCAGUCUUUCAGAUUCUGGUGCCGAGGAUCUCGUCUCCGCUCUCAGUGCAAACCCAUCACUGAUGGAACUGAACCUGAGUGGUAAUGAACUGGGAGAUUCAGGAGUGAAGCUGGUGUCUGCGGCUCUGAGGAACCCGGAGUGUAAAAUACAGAAACUGUGGCUGUGGGAUGUCGGCCUCACAGAUUCUGGCGUCGAGGAUUUCGCCUCCGCUCUCAGUACAAACCCAUCACUGACGGAGCUGGACAUGAGUGAGAAUAAACUGGGAGAUUCAGGAGUGAAACUGGUGUCUGUGGCUCUGAGGAACCCGGAGUGUAAAAUACAGAAACUGUGGCUUGACAAGGUUGGUCUCACAGAUUCUGGUACCGAGGAACUCGUCUCCGCUCUCAGUACAAACCCAUCACUGACGGUGCUGAACCUGGGAUUAAACUCGCUCACAGACCGAUCUGUCUCCGCUCUCUACCGCCUCAUACUGACCCUCCCGAUUCUGGAGUGGAUCUGCCUGGGGUCGAAUCAGUUCAGUGAGAUCGGGGGUAAGGAACUGAGAUGUCUGCAGGGAGUCAGACCCGGACUGAGAGUGAUCCUGUGACCAUCUGAAUGUGUGAACAUCCCUGUCUGUGGGAUGGUGGCAUUUUGUCCGAUUCUCCGCCCUCCCCUUUAAUGCCGGUCAUUACCUUUAAUGGCCGUGCCAGAUUUAAUUCCCAAUGGUUUUAACGGAACCGGCUCCAGUCUCGAGCUCGGUGACAUCGGAAGCCGUCCCACAGUGACCUAUUUCCGCCUCUUGUCUGGCGGCCACCUGUGUGGGUUCGAGACUGCCCCAGGAAAUACAAAGACCGGAUGAGCCCGAGGUCCAGUGCUCAGUCUGGGACAUCGGUGUCCUGGGGUGGAAUUAUCCAAGGUGACAAUCCUUUUCCUCCCUUUGCUGAGGACGGUGCAUACGACAGCCUGGCCAAUAUAAUGAUGUUAAAUUGACAAAUCCCUCGGCAGUGACCCUGGAUCUGCAGCGAUCCCGAACACGGCCCGGAAGUGUGAUUUUAUAAUCAUCGGUUCCCCGAUGACGGUGAGAAACGGGACUGAUUAUUCAACCGGUCACUCGUUGUCGCCGGUCAGUUAAUUGUGUGUGACUGUGACUGAGUCGGGAGCAGCUUAUUUAUUCCCGCACGUCAGCAGUUCACACAUUGUUUAAUUUACAUUUGUCAUGAUGAAAUCAAUAAACCGCUGUAGCUUCCUG